GCCUGGGCCCGCGAGGCAUGCCAGCGGGGCCACGCCUCCUCGCUGGUCGCCGGCAGGCGCUGGCCUGUCCCGGUUCUUAGGCGCCUAGAUGGCGGGCAGAGCUGAGCCUCCCGAUGGCGGCUGGGGAUGGAUGGUGGUGCUCUCAGCAUUCUUCCAGUCGGCGCUGGUGUUCGGGGUGCUGCGCUCCUUUGGCGUCUUCUUCGUGGAGUUUGUCUCGGCGUUUGAGGAGCAGGCAGCGCGUGUUUCUUGGAUUGCCUCCAUAGGAAUCGCGGUGCAGCAGUUUGGGAGUCCAAUAGGUAGUGUCCUGAGCACAAAUUUCGGGCCCAGGCCUGUGGUGAUGACUGGGGGCAUCUUGGCUGCGCUGGGAAUGCUGCUCGCCUCGUUUGCUACCUCCUUGACUCACCUAUACCUGAGUAUUGGGCUGCUCUCAGGCUCUGGCUGGGCCUUGACCUUCACUCCAACCCUGGCAUGCCUGUCCCGUUACUUCUCCCGACGUCGAUCCUUGGCCAUGGGGCUGGCACUGACAGGAGUGGGCCUCUCCUCUUUUGCAUUUGCCCCUCUCUUCCAGUGGCUGCUUGACCACUUUGCCUGGCGAGGGGCCCUGCUGCUGGUGUCAGCCCUCUCCUGCCACCUUGUGGCCUGUGGUGCUCUCCUUCGCCCACUGUCCCUGACUGAGGACACUGCUGUGGGUGGCCCUAGAGCCCAACUGACCUCUCUCCUUCAUCAUGGCCCCUUCCUCCGUUACACUGUUGCCCUCACUCUGAUCAAUACUGGCUACUUUAUUCCUUAUGUGCACCUGGUGGCCCAUCUCCAGGACCUGGGUUGGGACCCACUGCCUGCUGCUUUCCUACUCUCAGUGGCUGCCAUUUCUGACCUUAUAGGGCGGGUGGCCUCUGGGUGGCUGGGAGAUGCAGUCCCAGGGCCUGUGGCACGACUCCUGAUGCUCUGGACCACCCUAACUGGAGUAUCACUAGCCCUUUUCCCUGUGGCCCAGGCUCCUACAGCCUUGGUGGUUCUGGCUGUGGCCUAUGGCUUUACAUCGGGGGCCCUGACCCCAGUGGCCUUCUCCGUGCUACCUGAACUGGUGGGGACUGCAAGGAUUUAUUGUGGCCUGGGACUGGUGCAGAUGAUAGAAAGCAUCGGGGGACUACUAGGAGCUCCUCUGUCUGGGUACCUCCGGGAUGUGACAGGCAACUACACGGCUUCUUUUGUGGUGGCUGGAGCCUUCCUGCUUGUAGGAAGUGGAGUUCUUAUUACGUUGCCCCACUUCUUCUCCUGUUUCUCAGCUCCUACUUCCAGGCCCCAGGAACUUGUAAUUGAGGUCCUGGACACCAAAGUCUCCCUGCACAAGGAAGAGGGAUUGGAAGAGGAAUAAACACCAAGAGGCAUUGAGUCUCCCUAAAGCCAGAAACUGACAGCUCCAGAUCUUUUCCUGUCCCAUUAAGGCAUCCACAGAAACAAAGUGCCUUAAG